AUGUUGCGAGUGGCAGUGGUUGUUGCGGCCUUAAUGAUUCUGCGGGCACGUCCCUCGACCCAGCACAGGACUGUUUCUAUUGAAAACGAGUUGAGGGAAAGAAAGCUGAUAGUUCACUGUCGAUCCAAAGACGACGACAUUGGAGCCAACAUCGUUGACGUUGGCUCUCGUUUCGAAUUGGGUUUCGCGCCAAACAUUUUUGGGAGGUCCCUCUAUUGGUGCAAGCUGGCAGUGCAAGAUAGGCGACUUACAUUCGACGCAUAUGAUGGGAAAGCUGACCACGUCGGCGGUCAUGACGUUAGCUGGCUUGUUAGGGAUGAUGGGAUUCAUCUGGUGGAUCCGGAUGCCUCGUCAACGUCGGAGCUGAUGCCGAGGGGAAGGAAUCCAAUAGAUUUUGAAACCCACCACCACCACCCGCCCCAAAAUUCUCGCCGAUUUGAAUUUCCUUUCCCUGAGUCGUGCGUCACCGACAUUGCGAAGGCGAAGAAUCCGAGCCGCUCUUAG